UAAUGUGUUUCAGAGUGGACUAGCGACAGAAGGAUGCGCCAUGAAGUCUCAGCAGAAGUGCAUUGUGAUCUUUGCUUUGGUCUGCUGCUUCGCCGUGCUGGUGGCACUGAUGUUCUCAGCGGUGGACUUUUGGGGUGAAGAUGAAGACGGGAUCACAGAGGAGAACUGUAGCAGGAACUGCAGAGUGGUGCUUGUGGAGAACAUCCCGGAAGACAUCUCUUUCUUAGACAGUGAUACAUCCCACCUCCCCCUCUCAGAGGGGCUGUACAGCUUACUGGACCGAGCCAUCCGAGUCGUAGAGAUCGUUUCCCCGCUGUGGCUCCUCAACUCCUCCGAUUAUGAAUCCAGCUUCCAGCCUGCUGCCAGACAGGGCAGGGCUCUGCUGUCCAAGCUGCAGGGCCUGAAAGCUCGAGGCAUCCAGCUGAAGAUCUCCAGCGGGAUGAUCGACUCCUCUGAGCUCGAUCUGCUCGCCAAACACUAUGCUGAAGUCCACUAUGUGAACACGACCGCGCUGAUCAGAGGCAGCAUCCUCUCUUCCUUCUGGGUGGUGGACAGGAAGCAUUUCUACAUCGGCAGCUCCAGCAUGGACUGGAGAUCCCUUGCCACAAGGAAGGAGCUGGGGGUGUUGGUGUACGACUGCAGCUGUCUGGCUCUGGACCUCCACCGAGUGUUCAGCCUCUACUGGGGGCUCCAGUACAGAGACUUCGUCCCCUCCUUCUGGUCCAAGCGCCUCUUUGCCCUUUUCAACAGGGACGAACCGCUGGAGCUCACUCUGAACAGUACAAAGGCUCAGGCCUACGUCUCGAGCUCCCCAGAUUUUUUCAAGCCCAAAGAUCGUAGCAGUGAUCUGGAAGCCAUUUCAAGGGUCAUCCAGGAGGCUCGCCAAUUCAUAUAUAUCUCCAUCAUAGAUUACCUGCCCCUCUUGAGCCGCAACACUCAAAGUUACUGGUCUCGUAUCGACGCUCUUAUCCGGGAGGCUCUGAUCCUGAGGAAGGUCCAGGUUCGUCUGCUGAUAAGUUGCUGGGAAAAGACUCAACCACUUAGCUUUAACUUCCUCUGGUCCUUGAGGAGUCUGUGCAUGGACCAGGCCAACUGCUCAAUGGAAGUUAAGUUCUUCAACCCCAGAGUGCAGAGGGAUGGCAGUCUCCAGGGAAUAAACCACAACAGGUUUAUGGUGACAGAUAGAGCCAUUUAUUUAGGUAACCUUGACUGGUUGGGGAAUGAGUUUACCUUUAACACUGGAGUAGGCCUGGUGAUCAGUCAGCCAGAGGGCAUCGAGGAGAGGAACUCUACAGUGGUGGAGCAGCUACGGGCUGCAUUCGAGAGGGACUGGUUUUCACGUUAUACCCACUCACUGCAGGCCAACAAGAUGAACGUCUGCAGCACACAGCAGAUCAACAGGCUCGUGCCGGACAAACUUGGCCACCUGGACAAUGCACCAAUGCCUAUCAGCGUAGACCCGCAUGAUAACGGACCUGCACCAAUUAGACACAAACACCAAGAUGAUGGACAGGCCCAUGUUAAAACAAAGCACCAUGACGACAGACUUAGCAAAAUUGCUCUGCAAGGCAAGGCCGAUGGGCUGGAGCCAAUUAUAGACAGUUACCAAGAGAGGGGACAAGUCAAAAUGAGCCAUGACCUUGACAGCAGACAGGUUCAAAUCAAAGGUAAUCACCAAGACAAUCCAAUGGAUCCGCCCAGUCAGUCAGCUGAGAGCAGCGGCAGCAGAGAGAUCUUAAACGGGUCGCUGUGACCGAGGAGCUUAAUGAGAACUACUCUCUUCCAGGUACAAUGGACUGGAUCUUUGUAGCAAUUUGUUGUUGCCAUUUUGAAAAACGUUGAAGAUAUUUAA